GUCUUUUUACUCGAGAGAGAAAUGUCCAGGUGCGUCGGAUCAUUUUGCACAACAUGGACUCAGUUUUCUGUCCCUGCUGUCGAGAAAUAUUUAAGAAGAGCUGCCUGAAACGUAAAAUGUGUGGCUCAGACAGGUGAGAGAGAGAUGCAUCAUGGGCAAGAAUGGACCAAAGAGUCAGCCAGCAUGUCCCCAACGAGCCUGCAUCUUCUCCUCCACCCGGAGCUGAGCCCCCUGAGGUGGAGUGCGUGUGAAAGGGGACCCCGACAGCCUCCAUGGCUCACUCGUCAGACCCGUCCCGUAGGGAGAAGACCCCCGGGACCCAAGGGUCACACACGGCUACGCGUAACCUCUUACGGAAGAAGGAGCAGCGCAGACGUGGAAUCCGAUCCUCCUCACCCAUGGGCCGGGUCAUCCUCAUCAACUCUCCUGUGGAUGGUGGAGAUGACAGCGAGGACCUCCACACGAUCACAGUGGAUAAAAGUGUGGACGGCAAGCUCGGCUUCAGCGUGCGCGGAGGCUCUGAACACGGCCUCAGCAUCUUUGUCAGUAAGGUGGAGGACGACAGCACCGCGGAGGAAGCCGGCCUGCUUGUAGGUGAUAAACUGGUGGAGGUGAACGGCAUCAGCCUGGAGAGCAUCACGAUGAGCAGCGCCGUGAAGGUCCUGACGGGCAACAACAGGCUGAGGAUGGUGGUGAGACGCGUGGGCAAAGUUCCCGGCAUCCGCUACUCCAAGGAGAAGACGACCUGGGUGGACUUGAUACACAGGCGUAUGGUGGUGGAGGAGAGCGGACGGACGCCGUCGGAGACCAGCUCAGGAAGCGCCCUCCAGAGGAUCGUGCACCUUUACACCACCUCAGACGACUACUGCCUGGGCUUCAACAUCCGCGGGGGGAAGGAGUUCGGUCUGGGCAUCUACGUCUCCAAGCUGGAUCCCGGCGGUCUGGCUGAGCAGAAUGGAAUAAAGAUGGGGGACCAGAUCCUGGCGGCCAACGGAGUGAGCUUUGAGGACAUCAGCCACAGUAAUGCUGUGGAGGUGCUGAAGAGCCACACGCAUGUCAUGCUGACCAUCAAGGAAGCAGGACGAUACCCUGCCUAUAAGGAGAUGGUGGCAGAAUACAGGUGGCUCAAUAAGCUGGCCAACGGUGCUCAGAAAUCUUCCCAGGGGUCAGAGUCCAACUCCUCGGCCUCCUCUCUGUCGUCCGGGACUCCGGUCAGCUCUCUGAGCGGCCUGUCGCAGGUCAUGUUCCCUCCCACUUUGCCGUUUGGUUCAGCCAUGGUGGAUGUUUGCAUCUCCACGGAGGACCAGAGGUCUGAGUCAGAGCAAACUGAGACGGCGGGCGCCGACACCACUCGCAGCCUGGGUCGUACCACUCUGCUCAGAGACACGAUGAUCCGCGAGGCCGGGGGCCCCAAAGAGUCCCCCAAGACGGCCGUGCUGCUGGCGCUCAGCAGGCCGAGCCGACCGAUCACCAGGUCCCAGAGCCAGGUCACCGUGGCAGAGAUCACGCAGAAGAAGGAGAAGAAGCAGAAAGGGAAGGACCCGGAGGAGAAGAGCACCCUGCAGCGCUCCAAGACCUUCGUCAACUUGCUAUUCAGGGGCGCACGCAGGAGGGACACGUCCAGGGGACGCUCCAAAGAGGUGAUGCCAAAUUCAGAGAUGCUCGGAGUGGUGGAGGACAUGGCGCGCAGGCUGCUGACGGAGGAGGAGGUGGCUGCCGUGAUGAAGACCUGCCGAAGGUACAUAGCAGAGCGGUCAGUGGAGAACUUGAUACGCCACCUGCUGGUCGUGCUGGACAGACCUGAGAAGCUUCUUCUGCUGAGGGAGGUCAGGAUGCUGCUUCCUCCUCCGGACCUGUCGGCGUUCAACAACAUGGUGACCGCCAUCGAAGUCGAGGCCUAUGAUCUCCUCAAGUAUCGCUCGAUCCGAACGCCUCCGCUGCGCUCUCCCACAUCGGGUCGAGCACCCAAACGGCGCCUCAUCACUCCGAUCCCAGAUUACAGAGGCGGCUUUGAGCUCCACAAUACUGAGGAGGUGGAGAAAGAGAGCCACCUGCUGGAAGAGCUGGAGAAGUUGAGUUUGUCAGCGCCCCGGGAGAGGACUCACCACACGUCCAGGUCCUUCACCCCGCUGCUGGACAUCCCCGUGGACGGAUAUAACGAGUCCAGAGACCGUAGAUCCCCGUCCACCAGCGCCAUGCUCCCCAACUGGCUGCUGGCCCGCAGCGACGACCCCCGCCCCCCUGUGCGGUCGGACAUCGGCACGAUUCGCUCCGUCCACUUCGACGAGGUUUCCCUUCACGCGACGUCAGACAGAGGAAGGUCGCCGUUCAGAAACGGCCACUCCAAGAGCAAAAAGGAGAAGAGUGGAGACCGGAGUAAAGAAAGCGUGUUCACGCUGCAGAGCGCCGCUCACAGGAGUCGACCACCGCUGUCUCAGGUGUUCAGCUCAGGUUCAGAUCAACAGAUGAACGGACACCAGGCCACGCCGGAGAACGGACUCAACGGCUCCGAACCUGAACAGGAGUACAUGCUCAAAACUGUCAGCAUCUCCAAGACCAAACAGUCCCUGGGCAUCAGUAUAUCUGGUGGGAUGGAGUCGAAGGUUCAGCCGGUGGUGAAGAUCGAGAAGAUAUUUCCUGGAGGAGCCGCCUCCACCUGCGAAGUGCUCAAGGCUGGAUUUGAGCUGGUGUCCGUGGACGGAGUCGCCCUGCGAGGAGUCACCCACCAGAACGCUGUGGACAUCAUCCGAAAAGCCUUCAGUAACAAGGCCAAAGACCCCAUGGUGUUUGUGGUCAAAGUCCCUAAAAACUUUUGAAAGCAGACUCAGAGAACUCCGGCUCAAACACACACAGACAUGUAAUUUUUGCCAUUCAUGUUAAAGACACUGGUGAUGGCCUCACAAAGACAUUUACAGUAAUGAACUGAAACCUCGAAGCCUGAAACCAUGAAACAAUGGUGCUCCUGCUGCCUUUAAUAUUUCACUCAUCACAACCCAGGAGCCAACGCCUGUCGAGAACACGACUUCCUUUUUACACGAGUAGAUGUGUCAUGGAUCAGCGGUCAAUGCUUCUGAUGACAAACUGUAACCGGAGUGCCUUUUUAAAAAAAAAAAAGACUGAACAUGCGUUUAAAAAAAGAAAAUCUGACUCCAUGCUGUUGAAGUUGUGGCUUGUAAUCUAAAUGUUGACCUGCAGAGGGCGGACACACGCCGCCUCAACAUAAACACGAGUACUGUAGGAUAAAAAAAACGCAGGAUGCCAUUGGAGGAAAUCACAAAAAUAAACUUAAUCUUAUUUCUGGAAAAACUCAACAUUUGGGGUGUGUGUAAUUUGGUGCAGUUAGAACGACACACAGCGAUUUUAAAUUUAGUCUUUUUUUUAAUUAAAAACAUAGUAGGUUUGUUCAAGAAAUGUACAGCAUGAAAAUAUACAUUUAAUGUCUUCAUACAAAUAUUGUGGAUUAUAAAAUUAUACUGAGGAACCGGAACAAACAUCCACACAAACAUUAAUAUACAGGCAUCAUAUCUGUAGGAGCAAAAUAUAAUGUGCGACAUUGCUUUGGUCUAUUCACAGUGGCUAUGUUUUUUUUAAAUUUCUGGAAGAAAACUUUCUGAUUUGUCGAGGGGGGGGGUUUAUUUACAGAGGACGAGAAUUCGAUCAGCAGUAAGAGAGGAACAAAAACAGAAAGAAAAAUACACGACAGAUCUUCUACUGGAAAGGUUCGGUGGGGGAACAGUCACGCCGUGGUCAGAGGAGUUUACACCAAAACACCCGUCAUGCAGUGCAAAGUAAAACGUGUCACACACGGUGAUCAAUCUGUCAUUUGUCUCUGUGCGUGUGCUUUAGUGCUGCGACACUUAUUUUAGUGGUAAAUGAUGUAACAGCAGGAAUACUGUACAACAUCUGUACUUUAACAUCUGCCGUGACUCUCAAAGGUUCAGAUUUAUUUUCAGACUUUAUUCCAAUAUGCAGAACUCUGUUUUUAUUCACCUGAAAUCUGAAUUAUUUAUAUCUAUCUUUAUUUCACAGAGCAUGCCAUGUUUCUACAGCAGCCCAGUUAGAACGAACCAACCGAACGCUGGCUACAAUCCUUUAAAAUGUUUCAUUUAAUAUUUCAAACAGGCUCAAAACAUUUGACUUUUUCUGAUGAGCCAAAAAAAACCAAACUUUAACUGACUUUGUAAGAGAGAUAAACAUCCGUUUAACUUCAGUUUCCCAACACGACUUGAAUGAUUUAAUUAAUGUUGGCUGAAUUCCAUUUAGCUUCUGUGGUUUCGACCUUUUUUCAGCUGCGUUCACACGUACGCCAAAUCAACACACCUAUAAAACCUGAUCGCAUCUCUGCCUCACGUGGAGUUCAAUAUUUGACCGGUGACACGUGUGUGUGGAUGAUCCCUUAAACCAACAACCAACAACCGACGUUUCACCUCGCAGGCAGGCGAUGUUGUACGUGUGAUCGCGGCCUUCCACAGCAGGAAACAGCACAGGUGAAUCUGUUAACCGAAGGCUCUGUUCCAUUGUGUGUCCCAGUAAACUGACAGUGAACCAGUACGCACAGUACCAGGACUCUGGGUCUCUCUUUAUAUUCUUGGUAAUUUCACUUUUUCCUGCUUCAGACACCAAAGUGUCUGCUGUGAUUCCAACAUCAUGAUAUCAAAUAUCUCAAUAUUACUGCGCUAGAAGAUUUGAUCCACCGCUCCAACACUACUACGCUCCUUUGCACUGGAUGUGAGGUGUUAGGGUUGUAUUUGUUCCAGAUGUUACUGUGUUUAAUUACAUUAGACUGUACAGAUGUUCAUGAUAGGAGGAGCUUAUGCUUUGUUCGCCUCAACAUCAGAGUCCAGACACUUGAUUCUGUCCACUUAAAGUCAUAAAAACAUUUGUGCCAUGUAGGGUUUUUUGUUUGAGACUGUUCACUUGUUGGUGUUGAUGUCAUUCACAUAAAGGCUUGAGUGGUUUAUUCUGU